AUGUCAUCAUCAAAUGUCAAUAUAUAUGAUGAUAAUAAAUUAUUAUCAGAAAAAGUUGGUUAUGAUGUUGAAGAAAUUGUUUUAAAAUUAAUGAAUGAAAAACAAAUAAUAACAAUUGGUUUAUCUGGUGGAUCUUUAAUUGAUUUAUUAGCAUUAAUUGUUCCUCAUCUUCAAUUUCCUUGGUCUCGUAUUCGAUUUUUUUUUGUUGAUGAAAGAUUUGUUCCAUUUACAUCAGAUGAAUCAACUUAUGGAACUUAUCAAUUGAAAUUAUUUCGACAAUUACCAAUUACAGAAAAAAAUAUUAUUAAAAUUGAUUCAUCAUUGAAAUCUGUUGAAGAAUGUGCGAUAGAUUAUCAAAACAAAUUACAACAACAAUUUAUUGAACCAGAUAAAUCAUUUGAUAUAAUUCUUCUUGGUAUGGGACCUGAUGGUCAUACAGCAAGUCUUUUUCCUAAUCAUUCUGUUUUGAAUGUAAACCAAGGAUUAGUAACAUACGUAAAAGACUCACCCAAACCUCCACCUGAACGUGUUACAUUAACAUUAAAUGCAAUAAAUGAAGCAAAAUAUAAAAUUGCUGUUGUUACAGGUGAAAGUAAAUCAAAUAUAGUUAAAGAAAUAAUAGAAGAUAAAAAUCGAACAUAUCCAAUUGGUCAAAUUGAAAAUCUCAUUUGGUAUCUUGAUAAAGCAGCUGCAUCAAAAUUAGAAAUGAUUUAA